UUUACAGCAGAUAUAUUUCAUCCUAGAUUCAUGGACAAUAGGGCCCAAUGGUUGGAAACCCCAAAACCCUCCCAUCCUCUUCUGCUCGGUUGCACCCUUAUCCUAUUCUAUCACACUGGCCAUAAACAACAAAAACCUCUCUCUCUCUCUCUCUCGCUCGCUCGCUCGCUCUCUCCCUCCCCCCCCCUCAUGGAGGCAAUGCUCAUAAACCCCUCUCUUUCCCACCUCAAGCUCCCUCUUCCAAAACCGAAAUCCCUUCCUUACUUCCAAUUCAUCGCCGCAACCUAUCUCCGCCGAGGCCACCAGCGCCACGGCGGCGUCCGGUCCUUCGCCUUCCAAGACCAAUUCCCGCAGCCCGCAUCUCCAAUCCAACCACGAGAACAGGACAAGGAAGAAGAGGACUACGGAGACGUCAGCCGGAUCAUCGGUAGCCGAACCGUCCGAUCACCUCUCUAUGGCGACGAUGGCUCCGUCUCAACCUCCACCUCCACCGAGUACCUGAUCGAGUGGAAGGAUGGCCACGCCCCCUCCUGGGUCCGCGCCUCCGCCAUCGCUGCCGACGUGGUGGCGGAGUACGAGACACCCUGGUGGACCGCCGCCAGGAAGGCCGACGCCGCCGCCCUCUCGGCCCUCCUCGCCGACGAGUCGGCUGCCCGGGAUCCCGACGCGGAGGACGCCGACGGCCGGACGGCGCUCCACUUCGCGGCGGGGCUGGGGUCGGAGGAGUGCAUCCGGUUGCUGGCGGCAGCGGGGGCGGACGUGGGGCGGCCGGAGCGGGCCGGCGGGGGGCUGACGCCGCUGCACGCGGCUGCGGGGUACGGGCAGGCGGUGGCGGUGCGGGCGCUACUGGAGGUUGGAGCGGACCCAGGGGCGGUGGACGGCCGCGGGAGGACGGCGCUGGAGCUGGCGAGGGAGGUGCUGGCGGCGACACCAGCGGUGGCGUUGGGGAGGCGGGCGGGGCUGGCUGCGGCGGCGGCGGAGCUGGAGGGGGCGGUGUACGAGUGGGCGGAGGUGGAAAGGGUGCUUGAGGGGAGGGGGGAGGGGAAGAAGAGGGAGUACCUGGUGGAGUGGAAGGAUGGGGGAAGGGAGUGGGUGGGGAAGGAAUGGGUGGCGGAGGAUUUGGUGGCGGACUUCGAGGCCGGGCUGGAGUACGGGGUGGCUGAGGCGGUGGUGGGGAGGAGGGAGGCGGCGGAGGGAGUUGGGAAGGAGUAUUUGGUGAAGUGGGUGGAUAUUGAGGAGGCGACGUGGGAGCCGGAGGCUAAUGUGGAUCCAGAGCUGGUGCAGGAGUUCGAGCGGCGGCGGACGGAGGCGGAGUUGCCGGCGGAGCUAUCGGCGGCUGCGGUAGCCGUGAAAAAGGAGGAGGAGGAGGACGGGAAGGAAUCUGGUGCACCGCAAGAGACGGCUGUAGGGUGAAAGGUUCUGUAUUCCCGAUUCUUCUCUCAUAUUUCUAGUGUAGUUUAAUGGCAUAACUUUGGUGAAAAGUCAAAAACUACAUUUGAUCAGAUUCAAUUCUUGUUGGUACGUGAGUGAGAAUUUACAAAAUCUUCCCGCAUGUCAUGUUGUGAAUCUACCUCUUUUUUUUUUUUUGAUAAAUUGGAUAUAUUGUGCCAUUUUAAUAUAAAAAAAUUCAUAGAAAUUAGAGAAUAAAAUCUCCAAAAUUUAUGAGGA